CAUUCUAGGGAGUAGUGUAGUGGUUUUGCGAAGAGGGUUGGGGAUCGGCGCAAGGGGGUGAAAUGUUGAAGACUCGGUCGCCAGAGCUGUAGCGCUUGGCCUCUUUAGGCCUCGCGUUUUUCCGCUCGAAAAGAACAUCAAACCGAUGGAAUUUCCCUCAGUUUCUUUCAUUACAACAACAACAUGCUACAUUAAUAUUUCUGAUGUAAGAAAAUAAAGGACAAGUCAAGAACAGCAUGGAGCAUUAAAUGAAGUAUGGAAGCUGAAAGCUCUGAGAGACGAUACAAUACCAGAUUCAGAGGGGUUCCAAGAUCCAUCUUCACCUAUUCUCGUUCUGGAAAGAAGUCAAGUACCAAAUCAAAUGAUGAAAAUCACUUGCGGACUGACAUCAGAGAUGAUUUUAUCUAUACAAAAUUGGGCAAAAAACCUAGUACAUAUGAUGCAGAAAUUGUCAGUCCAUCAAAAACAAAAAUUAAAAUUGAACCAUCACCCCUUCUUGUCAAAGCAGAAAAAAAACUGCCUAAAUCUGAACCAAGUUCUAAUAAUACCUUACCUAAUGGCACUCAUAAGCCAGCAGUUGAAGUCAAAGCAAUAUCAGAGCCCAAUGGUCCCCUUAAACCACCCAUUGAAGUCAAUGAAAUACAUGAACCUAAAGUUGAACAGAUUGAAGAGUCUUCCCCAGAAUUGUCUCCUAAGUUGGAAAAAGAAUUGGAUGGCGUUUUCUUUGAAGGGAAAGCCCCAGGUGCUGAAGAAAUUCAUUCCGCCUCAAAUAAUUCAAAAUCAUUAUGGAUCAUGUCAAAAGAAAAACUCAGUUGGAAUAAUUCUACCGUUGCUAGUUACAACCCUAAAACAAAAAUGUUCCGUUGUGUGGUGUGCCAAGCUGUGGGUUUCAUGUCCCGUAUUGGUGAGCAUUAUUUAGGUACCCAUUGUAAUGCUAAAGUUUUUCACUGUCCUCAGUGUUCAUAUUGCAGUGCAUGGUGGCGUUGUGUUCGAAACCACAUGAGUAAAAAUCAUGGAGUAUCUAAUGCACCUGCCUCUAUGUGGAAAAAUCAACCUCUCUUAGAUGAAAUAAUGCAGAUCUUGCAAAAUUUGAAGUACAGUGUUGACUGUGAGGAUAGAGUUGAGCGAGUUGCGGAGAAUUGUGGAAAGCGAUAUAUAUGCCCUAAAUGUCCGUAUGCAACUGACAGAAGAGAUCUCUAUAAUCGUCAUGAAAAUAUCCAUCGUGAAGAAAAACCAUUUCAGUGUUAUAUUUGUUAUAAAUUGUUUAAUCGUGCUGAUCAUGUUAAAAAACAUUUCUGUCGUAUACACAAAGAAUUCAGUUAUGAUAUAAAUUUAAUCCGACGUCUGCCUUCAAAACGUAGUCGAAUUCCUGUGAGUCCCUCUCUUAAUGGUGGAAGUUCUGGGUUAAAUCAUGAUGCGAAUUUAUCUUCAAAUUCAAUAAAUGAUGCAGCUUCUAAACCUUUACCACUGACAGUUCCAGUUACACAAUCUCAUUUAUUAAAUUGUUUAACUGGGUCACCUACAAUGGUAAAAGUAACUAGAGAAAUUGAUCAUAUGCCAGAUAUUCCAGCAAAAGAAGCAAAAAUAGCUGAAAGCAAGAAUGAUAACACAUUCAACAAAUCGCACAGCAACUUAUUGACAUUUUUAACACAGAAUGCUUUUUCACCAAAGCCAAUUAAACCAACCCCAGUGAGAAAUACAGAUACUCCUAUCAAAGAUAUAUUACAAGAAGCCUUACUGAAGCCUCCUGGUUUUACGUCAUUUCAGAGCAGUCAACCAAAGAAGUAUAAUUGCCCUUAUUGUCCAUGGACUGGUCCUAAUGCAUGGGCAUUGCGUAUCCACACCUCAAUGCAUUACAAAACAUUCUGUGUACUGUGCAACUUCAAAUCAAGCGAAGUUAGUGAUUUGGAGAACCACAUGUGGGAGUGUCAUAAGAAGAGGUCUUGCAAUAAGUGCAAUUUUCUAGCUGACAGUCUUUUAGCUUUAGAUGUCCACAUGAAGGAUGUGCACCGUCAGAAGCCGCAGUUUUGUUGUCGCCAUUGUUCACAGACAUUUGAAGUACGAUCAGACAUGGAAGCUCAUUGCAUCUUUAUUCAUAAUCAAGUAUUACAAGAGUGUAAAGAAAAUGGCUGUGAUUUUUGCACAACAGAUCCUGAUGUCCUUGAAGUUCAUAAGAAAGAAAACCAUAGUUCAUCUUCUACAUCUCAAGAUACGAGUGCCUCUAGAACCCUGUGCCUCUACUGUGGAUGUGAUUUUGCUGAUCCUCAAUCACUCUCCUUACACGAAGAACUCUUUCAUGAAAAUCCUCUUCAAAAAGCUGGUCGGCGUCCACUAAAUCCGUAUUGUUGUUCAGUAUGUGGUUACUCAACUCCGAAGCAGCCAAUGAUGAUGGAGCACAUGAGAAUUCAUACCGGCCAAACACUACACUGUCAAGCUGGUGAGGGUUGUCAGUUUGAUACUCCAUAUGAUACAGUUCUCAGGGAACAUGUGCUGCAGAGUCACAGUAAUGACGAUGGUAUAGUCAGGUGUCCUCACUGUGGCUUCCGCUGUAGCACAAGAUUUUCAUUUGUUACUCAUUAUAAAGAACUCCAUCAUCCAUUUUGUUGUCAGCUGUGUGAGGAUGUUGAGCACAAGCAUUUUGUAUUACCCUUCACAACUUCUUAUUUGGAUUCUUCCAUCAAAGCUUUGUUUCCUUUUGCUAAAAAAGUUAGUUCAAAUUCAAAUGAGUGUUCAGAGAAAACAAAUGACGACAGCGGAAGACGUUCGCGCAAGCAGACACAGCCGAGAAAAGUUGUUGUACAUGAUGCGAGUACAGAAGGAUCUGUGGCAGGUGUUAAAGCAAGUGGUUCAUCUAAAACAAAAGUCAAGUGUUCUAGUUCCAGGAACCAAGAAAGAGAGAAAUUUUUAUCUUUGUAUGCAAAAAAAAUUAGAAAAAUAGCUCAAGCAUCUCUUUUAAAGUGUAGAUUGUGUGUCAAAUGUCCAAUAUAUUUUAGGCAUAAACGGAACUAUAUACUUCAUCUACAGUGGCAUAGUUUGAAAAAACAUCAGUGUAAUAAGUGCAUUCAAACAUUCUGCCAUCGUUAUCAGGUGCUUUUACAUCAGAGAGAACAUAUGGGAAAAGAGACCAAGGCCUCUUAGCAGAGAACUCUUAUGUACAUUUUACAAAAAAUUUAAUUUUUCUUGAUAUAUUGUCUGUGCAUUUUUUAGGGGUUUGAUGUAGUUAUGGUUUUUUUUAUGCAGUGCAAACAGCAACAGUGUUUGUUGCUGGAGCAGUUGUUUGUUCAGAGGAGGUGUAUUCCAUGGUGUGUGUGGUGUUAGUCAGCAGCUGGUAGUUGUUAUGUUUGCAUAAAAAAGAAAUUAAGAUGAAUGUGCACUGUUAAGUUUCAGUGAAAGGAUGUUUACUAUAUGCAUGUAUGUAUGUGUGUGUGUGUCAAUGUUAGGCAUGUGAUAAUUUCCAAGGUCCUGCUCCUAGCAAUUGUGAUAAUUUUCUGGCCUGGAAUUAAAAAGAAAAAGAAAACUAUCAUUUCUCCUAUAUAAAUGUAAAAUUAUAUAUAAAUUUAAAAAAAUUUAAUUAAGAAUUUAAAAUUUGAAUUUGUAUUUACACUUUGUACUCACUGCCAGCAGAACACUGUUCUGAUUGUAGCUGUGAUGUUGCUAAAAGCAUUGAUCAGAAAACCGGUGAAUUUAUGUGGGACUAAUAAAAUUACAAAUUGUUAGAAUUUUCUCCUGAAUAAAUUCUUGUUGAAGUUAAAAUUGUGAGUUUUUGAAAGUCUGUAGAAUAUGAUGUGUAAAAUUUGGAAUUGUGGUUUUAAGAUUUAAACGUUUCUUUUCUGAGAUACAUAAGACUGUAAAUCUUCUGCAGAUACAUGAGUUCCUCAAGCACUGCUCAUACUUUGUGUUUAAAAUGUAGACAUGGAAGUAUUUGAGAGAGAACACAACCAUAUCAGAUAUUUCACGUAUGCCAUAUUUUGUGCAUUUAUGCUUGCAUUCUACAAAAUGCGAGAUUAUUAACACUAUUAAUACUCAUGGUUUCUGGGUCCAAAUAUUCAUGCAUUUUUGUGCUGCUAAUUGUAAUGUAUAUCUUUUUAGUUCAUUUUGGUAUAUUUUAAUUCUUGCUUAAAAGUGUUGAAUGAUAAAAAGUGAUUGUAUCACGUAUAUCGCUAGGAAUAGCAUCGCUUCUGUAGUGUUGCUUUUUUCUAAAGCAGUGUUUCCUGAACUAUUUUUAAUCAUUGAAUGUUGAGUUUAAAAUUUAUUAAAUUAAUUAUAUAAAACUGUUGAAUUACAAUAAUUUUAUUCUUAUUAAGAGAAAUACUUAUACAAGUAAAAUUAUUAAAGUUAUGUUAAAUUAUUAGUGCUUAAUGAAUGUGGGAAAUAAUAAAAGUGAAGAAAUAUGCACAUUAUUUGAAAUGGUUGAAGAAUAUUAAAGAAUGAACCAUCAAAUUUUAUUAUUUAUAUUAUUCAGUUGGUUUGAAUAAAGGUAUUUUUAAACAGAAAUAAUUUGAAAAGCAGGAGUAUGUUAAGUUUUUUUGAGGGGAGGGUGACAGAAUAUUUGUUAUCCUAUAAACAGAGUAAGAUUUAUGAUUGCAGCUUUCAUUUAUGAAAUAUGAAAUAUAGUUUAGGAAAUGUUGUUUUGACGUGUUAGAAAUUUUUUUUUUUUUUUUUUUUGCUUCAAAUAAAGUUAAUGGUUUUCAGUAUUUUGAAUUUUUGUAGUCUGUAAAAGAUUAAUGUGCUUUUUUUUUUUUUUUUUUUUUUUUUCCCCAUCUUAUUUGCAUGAGAUUUGAUCACAUUUCACUUAGAAUGGCAUCAUCUGCUUCUGUUAUGUUUCUACAAAAUUUUAGAUAUCUAUACAUGUUAAAUUUUUAUUAUAAAUUUAACUCUUUCUGAACAGAAAGCAGAAGUAUUUCAUUCUUUUUCCGGUGAAUCAAAACCAGUGCUGUUUAUGCAUCUUUAAAAAAUUGCUUGUGUUAUACAUAAAAACUGCUAAUUUAUAUACAUUUUUCCUUUAAAAGAUUAAAUUCAUAUUGCAUUCAUAAAAAUGCCAAGUAGUUUUCUCAGUGCUAUAUGGGUAUCCAGUGUUUUCUGCUUCAUUAUUAUUUGUACUUGCAAUGUGAAAGCUUCAAGUAUAAUAUCAAAAUCAUGAAAUUUAGUUUGUUUUUAUCAAAAAGAGUCAAAUCAAAUAUUUUUAUUUAUACUUUGAAUUUCUUGUUUUAUGUUGAGCAUUUUCCCUGUGAAUUAAAAAUUUUAUUGCUUUUUUGUUAAAUGGCUUUAGCUGAUCUGUAUUAUGUAUUUUUAUAUACAAAGCUUGAAAAUCAAAUCUAAUGUGCAAUUAGCUUAUUUCAUAUUAUUUAUUAUUUCUUUUAAUAUAUAUAAACUUUUUUCUCUUUUACAACUUUUAUUAACUUCAACAACGAAUAUUAUUAAAUAUAUGGAAAGCAAUAAGUUUUGAUUUGCGCAUCCUAAGUAUUAGGUUAGAAAAGAAAAAAAGUGUUUAAUGGUUUUAUGAUAGUAGAAGCUUUCAUCAUGGAUUUUUAAAUAUGUGAUGAUAAUCACUAAUUUGUUGUUCUAAAUACAUAUCUGGCUUACCACUUCAUUUUUUAAAUGAAAUAUUUUUCAAUGUUUAAGAUUUACUUCUUGUACUUUCAUUACUUCCUUACUGAUCUUAUGGACUCAAAUGUUUUCUGAAUGAACUAUUUUUACAUUGGUUCAUAGAAAAGUUUCCUGAUUUAAAAAAAAUAUCUUAACUCUGCAAAACAUGUUGUUUAAUAUUAUUAUUGCUGAUCUUUAAAAUAAACUCUACAAGCCGACACUAUAUACUCACAAAAUGUGUAUAAAAAUGUAAAUUGACUGCAAAGUAGACUUGUUUAUUGAACACCUAGAUUUUUAUAGGGCAUUGUACUACCUCGUUGAAACAUAGUGUAGUUUAUAAAUUCUACAGUUCUAGCUUUUUUUUUUAGAUUUUGGAGCUUAAUAAUUGAGAGAAAAUAUGUAUUUUUCAUUUUGUCAACAAUGCUAGAUAGAAAAUAUUUCAUCAGGCACUUAGAACAAUUUAUAUUUACAUUGCCAGAUAUUUUUUGAAUAUGUGUAUGUUGAACGUUAAUAUUUCCAAUUUGGAUGUAAUGUAUACCAAAUUAAACUGAAAAAGUAGCAAAUUUCAUAUGCAUAAUUCACAAUAUUUUGUUGUGACCAGUUUUAUUUUAAAUAUAUAAGAAAUACUUAUAAUACAAGUAGUUUAUGCUGAGUUUUUAUAAGUGUUUAAUUCUAGUAUAAUACUUUGUGUGCCCAAAAUUUGUUUUGACUACAGAUCACCAAACAAUCUGCUAAAUUUAAAGAUUACCAUUUCCAUUUUUGGUUAAAAUUUCAUUAUUUGAUUACUUUGUAUUUGCAAUAUGUAAAUUUUGUUGUAAAGAUGUUUUUUAUUUUGUCUCAUAUUUCACAAAAAAACACCGCUUCAGUAGUUUUAAAGAGUAUAUGAGUUAUGACUUGGGAAGGGAAGAUUAUUAAGUUGUGUAACUGAGUUAUUUUAAUGAAAUUUAAAGUUUUGCAUUCAGUCUUAAACUUGAAAAAUUCUGGCAUUGCAAAGUAUUAUUUAUUUAUUUAUUUAUUUAUUUUCAGUUAUUUAUAUUCAGGUAGUUAUUGGGUUCAUUUUGAUUGUCCACACCUUUACUGAAAAGUUACAAAAAGUAUUCUUAAGCAAAGCAGUAUAGCACCAAAAUAGUUAUGUGGCAACCAACAGUGUCACCAAAAAGUAUUUCUUUGGCAACCCACAUAGUCUAUCUUGGAUAGUUUGCAGUGUUGAAAUUUUAUGCCCAAUUAAUUUAUAGUUGGAUUGGAUUAGCCAAGUUUAUAGAAUUCUGAGAACUUUUUUUUAGCAAAGACUGAUUGCUGUGUAUAUGGGAAAAACAACAGCACAAAAAAGAACAAUUUCUUGAAAGAAAAAAAAAUGUGUUUUAUUAUCAUUGCAUUUCACUUUUAAGGUUUUAUUGAUUGAUUGCUCUUGUAUGGAAUUCUUAGUGCACCAUCAUUUUGUAAAUUGCUGUUGCCUUUUGCAUAUUAGCUUGGCAAAAAUUAGUCUCUAGUGAGUUUACAAAUGUUCUUAUAUUCUGACAUGUUUGUCUCUUCAGUGGGGGUACAGGUAAUCGGGAAAACAAAUUGGUUAUUGUUCUAAUAUGUGCAAUAUUUAGGAAUUUUUAUGCAUGCUAUUACAUUUACAUGAUAAUUACUGAAAACAAUUUCAGAAAUAUGUGGAGAAAGGUCAGUAAAAAUAUUUAAGGUUUGGAAAGAAUUAGUGAUCAAAUUCUCCAGAGAAUCGUUGAUGUCAGAUUGUAUACAGAUUUACUGUUUGUUCGAUUUAAAUAUUGAAAUGCAUCAUGUAUAUAUUUAUUUUACAGUGUGUUGCAAGUUCUUUGUAAUUUCCUUAUCAGAACUAAAAGAAAUAUGAUUAUACUUUCCAGAUGAAAUUUAUAGUGCACUUCAGUGUAAGAGUGUGGAACAAACUUCCAGGUGGGGAAUGGUAAUAAAGAUAUUUUGGCAUCCCCUCACUGCAUAACAUAGAUAACUUUAUAUAUGGGCCACUUUUCCCCAUUAAUCCAUCUUAUUUUCUUAUCAGAUUUUAUGAAGAUUUAGGUUAUUCUAAAAGUCAGCUGUAAUUUUAAAUAAUUGUUUUCAAUGUAACGUGUGUGUCUUAAGACAACUGCAGUGAUUCCAAAUAAUUUGAUCUUCUGUUGAGAUAGUCAUUUAAGGAACGUAAUUGUUGUUGGUGAUGAAGUGGCAAUUUAUUCAUUGCAUCAAGAAAUGUUAUCUAUAUAUUGACUUACAUUUUUUUUUGUGAUGGUAAAUUAUUAUUAUGCUACAUACAACAAAGUAUGUCAAGCAAGAACUUCAGUAAAAUAAUAAUAACAUUCCAUAAUGCUGGAUAUUCAAAGCAAAUAGCAGAGGUGUUAUAUCAAAAACUGUUUUAAUUCUGUGUUAUUCCAUGAAGUAACUUUCUGUAUCAAAUUUUCAUCAGGUGCAACUAAGAGCUGUUCAUAGUAUGGUUUAUCUGAACCAAGAGAGUAUUCCAUAUAUCAACUAGCUCUACUAUAUGUGUGAAAUUCAGAUUUUUCAACUGUUCCAGAUGUCUAGCAAGAACAGCCCUUUAGAUGUGUUCAAGAAAUCAAAAAGGUAUAGAGCUGAUUUCUCUGUUGUAAAACGUAAUCUUUUCACGAAUAUUGCAGAAUUCUGCAUUAUAAAGUUGUAUCUAUAUGGCAUUAAAUUAUUUGGUUACUUGCUUACUGUGCUGUUGCUCAUCACUAUCUCUUAGCAUGGUUGGAAGGGCCCCAGUGUCCUUGAAGAUGGCAAAUGACCUCAGAUCUCUUGCAUAGAAGUUGUGUAUCAUACUUGUAUAAGCAUAUUGCAUAGAAGUUGUGUAUCAUACAUAAUUAUAAAAUUACAAAAAUUGGAAGCCCAUUAUCAAAGUGCGCUUGUGCAAUUUUUUGUAAUAUAUAUAUCUGUUUCUUGGUGCAUGCAUGUGAUUGGUCUUCUGGACCAUUACACACACACACAUUCCUCCCAGCUUUUUUUAAUAUGAUGCUUGGGUCUCUGGCUGAUUGUUCUGAUCAAGCUGAUGUUGUAGGCCGAGUUGGUCAUUGCAUCAGUGGGUUUUGGCUGUAAUGCAUGGCCUUGCCUAGUAGUGCUCUUCGUUGUGUGAAUUAUGUCGCAUCCAUGCGACAUCAUUCGUCAUAUGCUCUGCCAGGUGAGUGAAGUGUGUAUUCUUAUCGCGUGAUGAACCAGUCAUUUUGCAUACUUACUGAGCUGUUGGUAUCAUCUAUUAUCGCAAAGAACAUGGCACCAUGUGGCUGUGUCCUGAAAGGUGGUAAAUGACCUUGAAAAUCAAACUUUGAUCUGCUGUGUAAAAAUCGAAUAUACUGCCAUUCAAAAGAUGCACCUUGGAAUCAUUUUAUGAUAUUGGAUCUGUUUCAUGGUCUAGCAUCUGAUUGAUCUUGGGUUAAAAAAAAUUAUUCCACACUUAAUUAAUUGUCCAUGCAGUUUGAUACUUGCAUAAAUGUUUUUAAAAACUUAUUGUUAAUAAGUUCAAAAUCACUACCAAAGAUUAAAAGUUUUAAGUAUUAUAUUAUGUAAAGCAGCUUUAAGAUAAACCAAAUGAUUCUAUACUGGGUAAUAAAUAUUAAAAUUUCCUAAGUUUAAUUAUGUAAAAUAAAACUCUUACAUUGAGUAGUAGUAGCUUUUUAGAAACAGGCUAUUUGCCAAGCCAUAUGAAGAUGAAAUACAAAUUUUAUAUUCUAUGCAGUGACAAAUAUUGUAAUGCAUAGCAUAUGACAUAAUGCUGUAAACUUUUGGACCUGCUAUCAGCAGAUCAAAGUGAUUUGACUUCCCGCAAUGUAAUAACAAAUUAUUCUCUUCGCUGAUUCAGUAGCAGUAUCAGAAACAGUAUUUUAGAUUUUAAACUUUUCUGUAAGUAAUUAUGACUAUUUGUAAUGCUUUAAUCCUAUUCUUUUAGGAGUAAAUUGUAUAAUUCUUAAAAUAUUUCAGCAUUAAAAAUGGAGUAAUUAGUAAUGUAACUUCUUUUAUUAUUAAUAGAUGUAGCACAUUUUUCUGUAUAUGCAUCUAUUACUCGUUGAUGCUUUCAGUCUGCAGUUGUUACUGAAUCAUUCACAAGAAUAAGUCAUUAAAUUAAAAUGCGAGAAAUGAAAUCAUUUGAAACCAUAUAGUGAUUUGAGUUGAUAAGCCACAGAUGUUUUAAAUAUCAUAAUCUAAUCUUGUUUUCUUGGAUAUAGCAGUGAUAGUUCUACCAUCGUUAAUAAAAACUUUUAAUGCUCAGAUCCUAUGAUGAAAAUUUACAAAGAAAAAGCUACUUUAACGUAGUACUAGAAACUUGGAGUAUACUUGUAAAAUAUAAAUGUGAAGCAAAUUCAUAAUACAAUAUGAAAAAUUACAAAAAUUGGGAAGUUAAAUAUUAUAAGACUUUAAGAAGUAUUUUUGUAAUAAAGUUAUAUAAAAUGUGAUGACUUUUUAAAAUUAAUACCAGUAUCUGUCAAAAUCUGUUUCAGUCAAAACCUCUUGUGACUCAUCCCAACAACUAUCAUUGGCUUAGGCUAUGGGCACUUUGUAGGUAAGAGCUCAUUUGCCUAGUCCCUUUCUGAUUGUAAAGGAGAUUCUGGGAUGGGAAAUCCAAGGGUCUUGCGUACUCUAAUUCCUACCAUUAACCUCUUGAGAGGAAUUUUGCCUGGAUCGCAUUUUAAAUGCCCCUAUUGUGCAAAGACAUGUAUUAAUUAUUAAUAAACAUCCAUGCCUUCUGUUAUAAAUUCGAGCCAGAAACUAUAGCAGAUCUGGCAAUUUAAUAAUUUAUUUUCUGGGGAAUUAAAUUAAAAAAAAUAGUUCAGGAAAUUGAUUGCAGUAUAUAAUAUUAUUGAAACAAAAUAAAUUGACUAAAAUAAACAUAAAUCUUUAAUUGUAGUGGAAAAUGUAUGCAAACUGUUUACUAAUUAUUAAAUUGACUUUUUUUACUGAAUUAUUUGCUGCACAGAAUAUUCAAAAUCCAAGCAUAGCUCUUCUGUGCUAGCAUCCAAACAAUAAUAAUUCAGGAUUUAGCAGGGUACUAAAUGUUUUCAUUACAUAGUGGAUGGAGAACAGCACGGGGGGAUGGGUCAGAGGGUCUCCAACCCCUUCCACCAAACCACAUGAGAGGACUUUUGAAUCGCCGCAUAAAUUUACAAACAUCCAUGACUUCUCUGGGGGUUUGAACCUGGGCCCUUUGGCAUAGCAGUCAGCAAUGCUAACCACCAUACUGGUUGGACCGCAGCUACAUUAUAUGGACACUUUGUAUUGUUUGUGUGUCUGUUUAGUGUUUUACCUUUUUUUUUUUAGAGGUCACUGAAUUGCUGCUAAUAUGAAAUAAAUAAAACAUUCAAACAAAAAAAAAAAAAAAAUUUUUUUUUGG